AUGACGCGCGUGGCCGUGUUCGCGCUCGCGCUCUCGAGCGCGCUCCUCGCGCGCGCGGACGCGGGCGAGGAGACCGCGGUGGAUCACAUCAUCGAGGUCUACGACGAAGACGCGAACGGAUUGAUCGACGCGAGCGAGUUAUCGGAGCUCUUCGAGCGAUUCGCCGCGCGCGUGGGAGACGGCGCCGGGGGGUCGGCGCACGCGGGACACGCGGGACACGCGGAGGAACACGCGGGACACGACGACGAGGAGACGCUCACGGAAGUGACCUCGGCGGGCGUGAUCGCGGCGUACGCCGGUUUGGAUAAGAUGCUCAAUGAGACGGAGUUGACGCAGGCGUUGACGCUCGUGGCGAGGUGCGCGGCGGAGACGGGGUGCGCGCUCGUCGCGAGCGAGGCGACGGAGGCGGUGACGAAGAAGGAAAAGUAUUUCAGUCUUAAAGUGGGGCUCGUGUUCGCGAUCUUCGCGGAGGGCUUGGUGGGUGGUAUGCUUCCGAUGAUGGUCACGAUGACGCUUCCCAAAGUGCAGCACGCGCUCGAGUUUAUGAACUCGUUGAGUGGGGGCGUGUUCCUUGCGAGCGGUUUCGUGCACUUGAUUCCGCACGCGCUCGAAGCCGCGACAGAGGCUAAGAUCGGAACCAAAGACGAGUACCCGUUCGCGAUGGCCAUGGUCGUUCUCGGAUUUCUCAUCGCCUUCUUCAUUGAGCGUGUGCUCUUCCACGCGCACUCGCACGUCGUGGAAACCGAGACCACCGGACACGGACACGGACACGGACACGGACACGGACACGACAAGGACGUGGAGAAAGUUCCAGAGGUUGACCCGUUAGCGUGCAACGAUUGCCAUCACGAGCACGGUACGUCCAUUUUCAUUCAGACGAGGAAGGCUUUAGUGUUCAUGACCGGCGUCGCCCUCCACGCCACGCUCGCCGGGGUGUCUCUCGGCUUGCAGACGUCCAAGUCGAGCAUUUACGCCAUCUUCAUCGCCAUCUCCGCGCACAAAGCUGCGGCCGCCUUCUCCAUCGGGUGCGCGUUCUUGCGCUGCGGCGUGACGCGCAUAUCGACGCUUCUUGCGUUCAUGACGUUCUUUGCGUGCAUCACCCCCAUUGGCAUCGCCAUCGGCAUCGCCGCCGGCACGAAGGACAACGCCUCGGUGCGCGCCGUCCUCGAGGGCAUCGCCGCCGGCACCUUUGUGUACAUUGGUACGGUCGAGGUGAUCGGAGACGAAUUCGAAACCACCACUGAAUCGUGCACUGACGAACACGGUCACGAUCACAAGGUCCCGACGCACACGCACGUCGUCCACGAGGCGCCGCGUCGCUCGCUUCGCUUGGAAAAGUUCCUCGCGUACUUCUGCGGCGUGUGCAUCAUCGUCCUCGCGCAGUUGGGCGUCAAACACGGCGAUCACUGA